UACCUUAGUACAUGACUGCUCGUCUCGUCCUACUUAGAAGAAUCGCACACCUCGCAAAACGUCUGUCAGUUCGUUGUCGUUUCGGCCGUUGUCUGCGCCGCCCGUUCCCCGGCCACCCAUCCCUGUGUGAAUCCCUGCCAGCCUCGCCCGGGCAUUCACCUCAUCGUGGCCCUCGCCUCCGCCGCCCGUCCUGCUGCCCGUCGCCCAGCGGAGAAUUGAGGCCUUGCAGACUCCUCACCCUCCGUCUCUGACACGCCCGACCAGUCCCUUUGCCUGGUCGCCGGAUCAUGUUCACCACUCCCGCUGUCGCUGCACCCACCCUCUCGACCACGACCUCGCCAGCCUCGCCAACGUCACCCACCCGCACCGGUAGACUCCGCGGCCUGAGUUAUCUCCGUAACUACACCCACCAGCACUUCACCUCGUCAUCCAGCGAACGCUCGCCCGACCGUCGCCGUCCUUCGCUCGGCCGCGCUCGCAGCAACCCUAGCCCGCCCGGCGCAGACAGAUCCCGCCGGAGCGCCCCUCACUCCCUCAAUAACCCUUCCUCACUGCCUAGGCAGGCCCUCGUUGACGGAGCAACCGACUCGUCCAGCGGUUGGGUGCCCACUGUCGGAGGUCGCAGCGGUCUGUCUCGCGUUGCCACCUCUGCCGAAUCCUCCACCGCCUCUCCGCUCCCCGCAGCCAUGACACGCAACCGCGCCGAGUCUGCUGCUCCCUCGCUGGGCGUGUCCCACCAUGGCCCGCCGACCGUUAACAGCGCUGACUUUUCGGAGCUCUCGACCCCGGUGAAACAAUUGCCCUCGAUACGUUUCAUACCCCACGAAGACCCGCGGGCCGCUCGACCCUCGCUCCAGUUCCCCACCAUUUCUAGGACUCUUCCCAAUGAAGACUGCGUCAUCCGGGUCGGCAGGUAUUCGGAGAAAGAUAACAUCCCUACAGAUUUGCCUACAAACGUUCCUUCUUCUGCGCCUGUCGGUUUCAAGUCCAAGGUCGUUUCUCGCCGACACUGCGAAUUCUGGUGCACCGAUGGGCAGUGGUGGAUCAAGGAUGUGAAGUCUAGCUCUGGAACCUUCUUAAACCACAUCAGAUUGUCCCAGCCAGGCGUUGAGAGCAAGCCAUACAAGGUUGGGGAUGGUGACGUCGUGCAAUUGGGCAUCGACUUCAGGGGUGGCGAAGAAAUGAUUUUCCGUUGUGUGAAGAUCAGGAUCGAGUGCAACCGGAACUGGCAAAAGUCGUUGAACACCUUCAACAAGUCGACGCACAAGCGCCUGCGGAAUUUGGCUCAAUCCUCGACAAAAUCCAAGGAUUCAGAUUCAGCUAGCGUCCAGAGCACUGACUGCAGCAUCUGCCUGAUGUCCAUUCGCCCAUGCCAAGCUCUUUUCGUGGCGCCUUGCUCGCACGUUUGGCACUAUAAAUGCAUCGCAAGAAUCAUCAAUGGACCGACUUAUCCACAGUUCAUGUGCCCGAACUGUCGCAUGGUAAAUGAUUUGGAUGCAGACGUCAGCGAGCCAGAAGACUGGGAGGAAGAAGAUGACGGGAGCUUAGAAGACGCAUCGUCGCAGUCUAAGCUCGUUGUCGUCAAUGGUGACAGCAAGGAACACGGAGAAGAGGGGGAUGGAGAGGGCAGUUCAACUCCACGGGCAAAUGGGGUUCUGUCUUCAGAGCAGGGCGCUGAGAGCUCAAGUGCGGGGGCCAGUGCGUCAACUGGAAGCAACAUGAUACCCGAGGAGGACCUCGCGAGUGCUCUGGCCGAUUUUUCUCUCGCAGGACGAUUGCUCAAUGCUGGCUCAUCUUCCUCCGACGGCGACCAAGCGUCCGAUGGCGGUGUCCACACUCCUCCGGAAGAGGAACCUCACGGAGAAAUGGCUCCGUCUCCAUCGGCUAACGUGGCUCCCAUGCCGAUUAUGUCUGCCACUCCUGGUCCUGCUAACCACAGAAGCCCCUUCGGUGAAAGUACGAUGUUGAAUGCUACUCCGGGCGGUGGGGUCCAAUUCGGACUCACGCCCCUUUCGGCGCCGGCUGGGACGGAGUGCCCGAUGACGCCAAGGAACAAUGCCGGCCCCUUUGUCCUGGAUGGCAGCGGUGGUGGAUCAUCCGGAGCAAGCAGCAGUGAAGGUGUUCCCCUCGACCCCUCGGAAACGGGAGCAGGCGAAGAGGCUCAGAACACAGCCGAGAGGGCAGCAUAAUUUGGCCCCGGCGGCGUUGAUGAUGAUCAUCAGACCCUGUACAUGGAGGAAUGGAUGGCGCAAGAGGCGGUGAGCGAUUUUCAUUUUCGAUACCUGCUUUUAUUCGGGUUGACUGGCGUACCUAAGGUUGAUAUCAAACGUGGCAUUUUUUUUUUCUUGGUCACGGAGAGCUGAGCACUCAUGGCAAAUACCUAUCAGUAUUAAUUCGAUGAGGGCUAGCUCAGAAGCGGAUGGAAGCAAGGCAGUUGCUCUCAUUGCAUAGCGGAGGAGAGAAAAGGGUUAAUAUAGUACCAAGCACGUAGUACCUAGUUCAAUGAAGAUAGUGAUGAGUACA